CAGUAGGUUCAGAUGCUUGUUAAUAACUGGGGCUGCCCGGGAUUGUUCACAACAACAGAGGAAGCAGCACCAGCUCGGACCAAAUAAAGCCCCGUCGCGAUUUUUUAGAUCCUGUUUUGGAGCCACACGAACGGAAACUAGCGUUCACGCGUUCUUCAACUGAGAGCCAUUGUUUGCACCGAGCUAGCUUUGUCCUUCUUCUUCGCAGCCGUCACAGCUGUGGUGGAUCGCUGGUUAUAUUUAUAGAGAGAUCGUUGUGGAAUAUGGCUCAGCAUGGACAUCAUGUAGCCAGUUCCCAAAAAGCACUGAUGCUGGAGAUGAAAAGUCUCCAAGAUGAGCCGGUCGAAGGGUUCAAAAUAACUUUGGUGGACGAGUCGGACAUGUACAACUGGGAAGUAGCGAUUUUCGGACCCCCCAACACACACUACGAAGGGGGGUACUUUAAGGCUCGGAUCAAGUUCCCCGUCGACUAUCCGUACUCUCCACCUGCUUUUCGCUUCCUCACCAAAAUGUGGCACCCCAACAUUUAUGAGAAUGGGGACGUGUGCAUCUCUAUCCUGCACCCGCCAGUGGACGACCCACAGAGCGGGGAGUUGCCUUCAGAGAGGUGGAACCCCACACAGAACGUCAGGACCAUCCUGCUAAGCGUGAUCUCUUUGCUGAACGAGCCCAACACUUUCUCCCCCGCCAACGUGGACGCAUCCGUCAUGUACCGCAAGUGGAGGGACAGCAAGGGCAAGGACAGAGAAUACAUCGAGAUCAUCAGGAAGCAGGUGGUGGGGACCAAAGCGGACGCAGAGCGGGACGGCGUCAAGGUUCCCGUCACGUUGGACGAGUACUGUGUCCGCACCCAAGUCCCGCCCACAGACGACGGCUCCAACCUCUUAUACGACGACUACUACGACGACGAGGAACUGGAAGACGACGACGAUGACGACGACAACGAGGACUGUUGCUAUGACAACGACGACUCGGGCACCGAGGCCUCCUGACCGUGCCUUCCCAUGACGUCCCCGUGUCCCUGACCAGUCCCUGCCCCUCCCCCUCUCCCGCCACACACGCCUCCCUCUCUUGUCAUGGACUGAACUUUAAUCCCCUGCCCCCCUUCCUCCUUAAUAAACCCCUCAUCAUCCUCACUUAUCACAACCCCUCCCCUCCUCCCCUGUCCACCUUCUGUCACAUGUGCAGUCAAAGUAUGCACACUGAAACCUGAUGCAUCGAAGCUACAGUUGUUUUUGAUUCUUACAUGUUUCUCUCUUUUCUUUUUUAAUUUUUUUAUUAGUUGUCUGAGUUGAGGUUACACACACAACAUACACACAGCAACGCAACAAUAAUAGUACUUCCUUAUAUGCUUCUGGUCUAACUUUCCCAAACGCGUUUUAGCUCCUGUUCCUUCCCCCGGCUUUGAGUGGAACAAAGCCUGUCUGAUGGCAAGUUUCUGGCCAGGGAAUGGUCACGCCUUUUCAUCAGCGGAGUGGAAUGUAACGUCACAGGUCAGAUCAGAGUACAACAAGCAGGGAGCAUUUCCAAAGAAAGCUUAUUAAGGAGAAGGAAAAAGUAAAAAAAAAAAAAAGAGGCACGGUAUCUGUUAAUAGCCGAGUCACUUCUGUCUCUGAGCCGUGUGUGUGUGUGUGUGUGACCUCUGGUUUAGCCGGGUGUUCGAAGCCCUGCCAAGCCCCAGGGCUUGUGCUGCUCCAAACAGGGAAGUUAUCCAUUUCAAGAAAAAGCUGUUCACGCUCCCUUGUGCCUUCCCCUCACUCCCUGAUAUCACAGAUCUGGGUGACUUGUGGGACGGACCGUAUACACAGCGGGUCAAAGGUGGCACGGGGUGAUAUUCACGCUCACAAGAUUUCAGGUGAGGAUAACGUACAGACUACGCCCUCCCGAUGGAAACAAACUUAUUUAUAGCAGCACCUGUCACGAUUUGUCCAGGGUGUGAGUGAGAAAGGUGUACACAUCCAACAGCUGAACUGAAGACUGGAAUGUAGAUCCCACAAACGUCCUCUGACUGCCACGCAGCCUUCAUCAUACAAGCACGUGCUCCUCGUGGCCUGGAUGCAUUAGGAAAACGGCUAGCUGCGCCCGCUGCUGCUCAUGAAAUCCAAUGUACUGUAUUUAAAGAAAACUAUGCAGUCAGUGCUUGAACCUACUCAAUAUGCAGUGCUUUAAACGUGGCAGGGAAGCUGAGCCUUUCAACAGUCUGACCUGAACUCUGGCUUGAGCUUAACAACCUGCGAGGGCUUCGGACCGACUGUCCUUUUGUUAGAGGACAUGUGCAUUUGUAUCCGUCUCUGUUUGUCGGUGGUUUGUCGAGAGAGAGAGAGAGAGGCACAAGUCUCCAGGGCGGAAGGGACGAGAGAGAGAUUGUACACUCGCCUUCAUCAGAGCUCGCUCCCUAGUGGUUAGUGGUGGCUCUCUGUGCUGGCACUUGCCCCCCCCCCCCCCCCCCCCCCCCCUUUCUGAAAUGCUCGACUGGGCCGCAGCCAUCUUGACUCACCUGAAUCAAUGAACCCUGUUACCUCAGAGGAGAUCGGGUAGCAGUGCGAGUGACUCAUAAGAAUGGAAAUGGCCCAGUGAAUAUGCAGACUGACGGGCUUUUGUUUUCAGUCCACACUGUCCAAGCCCCCCCACCCAGGUUUCGUCUCUCCUGUCUGCCAGGAGUGCUCUGGUGCACACCCAAGACACGUUAACACCACCCAACAGUAUUUACGAUGGAAUCCCCAACAUCGCUGUAAUCAUGUUUCCGUUUGUGUGUGUGUGUGAAUAUUCCCCGAAUUUUUUUAAGAUGUGCUGAGAAGAAGCAGAGUUGUGAAGGAAGUGGAAUAGGGUUGAUCUUUUGAGCAUGAACAGGAGAAUGUGGUUCUUCGCUAGCAUGCUGUUAUGACGUGUUUGUGGUUUUAGGUCCGCUAUAACAACCGGGGAUUGGGGGGGGGAGGCUUCUUUUACUGUUUUGAUGUAAUCUUUGAUUUCCGAAUUGUGGUGUGAGAUGCAAUGAUUUAUAUCUUAUAUGUAUUAAGUGCUAUGAAAUUGACCUGAUAGGAUUGUUCACGGAGGAAUGACUCAAUGUACCAACUUUAUUAUACACAAAUGGCAUAAUAGCAGAAAAGUUAUGAACCAAAUUGACACAGCACACCACAUUAUUCCAGCCUUUUAUCGAGCCCUAAAUCUCAGAAAUGAGUUCUCUAAUUGACCAUCACACACCCUAAUAAUGACCACCCCCCUUCCUCCCGCUGUUUUUUUGUUGACGUUUGAGGGUGAAUGGGAUUUAAUUUGUCAAACUACUGUUAUUUUUAUCGUCCCUCGUCCCCCAGUUCUCUGAGCUGAUUGCGUCGCUGAGGGGAAAGAACCCAGCAGUUGAUAACAAAAAAAAACGACAAGAACCUCAGGAAAAAACAAGAAACAUCUACCGACCAACAAACAAAUCCUUUUCCAACUGCGUGAACCUUACCCCGGAGACUCUCACUCGUUUGGCUCCAAUGGACUGUUUACAAUCUCUACCUUGAUAUGCACAUGUGGAUAUUUGACGAUCACUUGAUGUUUAUUGUUUUUUUUUUUCUUUUCUUGUUUGUAUUUUUCUUUUUCUUUUUUCUUAUGGUUUGUAAAUCUAUUUAAAAUCUGAAAUAAAGAUCUUUAUUAGAUAUUGA